AUGGAUACAACCCAUUAUUUGGAGGAGCCAUCAGAGAUGACUGAAGAGAUGAAAAUUUGGAUGGAGAAGGCUUUUCAGAUGGCCCAAGAUGCUUUGGACAAUGGUGAGGUCCCUGUUGGAUGUCUAAUGGCAUAUAACAAUCAGCUUGUAGGACAAGGAAGAAAUGAAGUCAAUGAGACAAAGAAUGCUACACGCCAUGCAGAAAUGGUGGCUGUUGAUCAGGUUCUGGACUGGUGCAGGAUGAAUGAAAAGAAUUCCGCACAGGUUUUUGAAAACACAAUUUUAUAUGUGACAGUUGAACCAUGUAUCAUGUGUGCUGGGGCUCUGCGCCUGCUCAGAAUUCCAUUGGUGGUAUAUGGUUGCCACAAUGAACGAUUUGGUGGAUGUGGGUCAGUUCUGAAUGUGGCUGCAGAUGACAUUCCAGCCACAGGGGCAAGUUUUAAGGUAAGGGGAUUUUUUUUUACUGUUUUAUAUACAAAAUCUUGA